AUGAAUGAACAAUUCAAUUCAUCUCAGACCGCAAAUUAUGCGCGUGAAGAGAACGGCAAAAAUACGCCAUCCGACUCGCAGCCUCAUAUGCAUGACGAUGGUGGAGAUGCGGAUACUCAUGAUGAGUCACUAGAAGACAACCAUCCAUCGCUCACUGAGCCUGGCAAGCUGCCCAUACCCAUGCAAAAAAGACGGAGGGUGACCCGGGCUUGCGACGAAUGCCGUCGUAAAAAGAUCAAAUGUGACGGAAAGCAGCCAUGUACGCACUGUACAGUGUAUAGUUAUGAGUGUACGUACGAUCAGCCCUCGAAUCGUCGUCGAAAUCCUACCCCACAGUACAUAGAGGCCUUGGAAUCGCGACUGCAAAAAGCCGAGGAAAUCCUUCGAAUUCUGGCUCCAGAUCUCAAUCUCAACGAUCCGCGCUUGCUUGCUGCCAACCCGGAGCAGAUAGUAUCGGCGCUUCGACGUGAUGACUCGCGGGAAGCAACGGUUGCGAAACCGCAAGCAGAUGAACAGUCCAAACAGGAACCAGAAUCCUCGUGCCCAGACGGGUCACUUUUAGAGACGAUGAUGGAAAACUCUGGUUCUUUGGAUCUUGAUGAUCAAGGCCACUGGGACUAUCACGGUCAUUCAUCGGGUAUCAUUUUCAUGCAACGUCUUCGGAAACAGAUCGGAAACGUCAUAUCCAUGCCCAUAAGACCAUUGCAGAAUAAAACGACGCCUCUGUUCCAAAUGCUUGAAAGCCCCAAGUCACAGUCGGAGUCUCCGCAGGAACUCAGCAAUCCUAAUUCACCCCCUACACAGGACCUUCCUUCAAAGGAUGUCGCAAGAAGGCUUUGUCGAAGCGCGCUUGACCACGCUUGCAUUCUUAUGCGCCUUGUCCACGAGCCAUCUUUCUGGGCAACCUUUGAUCGCAUAUAUUCUACUCCCUGGGAUCAAUACACGAAUGAAGAACAUACUUUCUUGCCUCUUUUGUAUGUUGCUAUGGCUACUGGUUGCCUUUUUUCCGACAAUGUUGAAAGCACUCUAGACAAGUCGGGCUACGAGGGUGCUAUUGGCCAAGGUUUCCAGUACUUCAAAGCGGGCCGACAGCUGCUUGACAUCACGGAUUGUCGGGAUCUAACCACUCUACAGGCGAUUUGCUUCAUGAUCCUGUUCUUGCAGUCAUCUGCGAAAUUGAGCACCUGCUACUCAUAUGUCGGUAUCGCUUUGCGCGCAUCUCUACGUCUUGGUCUCCAUCGAACAGUCAAUGCCAAUUUCGACCCUGUGGAAAGCGAACUUCGAAAACGUAUUUUCUGGCUUGUCCGGAAGAUGGAUAUUUACGUCAGCACGCUUUUGGGCCUGCCACAGAUGGUCAGUAAUGAGGAUAUCGACCAGGAGUAUCCCUUGGAUUUGGACGAUGAAUUCAUUACGCCUACUGGAAUCCUUUCCAUGCCCACUGAUCGGACGUCUUUCAUGGCAGGGGCAAACGCUCAUACUCGCUUAGCCGACAUCAUGGUCAAAGUUGUGAAAUACAUAUACCCUGUGAAAUUGACCAAAUCACAAUCCAAGUCAGACCACACUUACAUGGUCAGCCAUUCCAAAAUCAGGGAGAUCGAAAGAGACCUGCAAGCUUGGAUGGAAGACUUGCCUCCAGCUCUGCGACCAGGUAGCGAAAUCAGUCCCGAGUUAGAACGCGUGUCACGAAAUGUCGUGCAUAUCACGACAGGCAUGUACCAAAAAGGUUUACUCAAUGGCUCCUACUGGUUUGUCAUGUACACGACAUAUUUUGCCAUUCUCUCACUGGUGUUCUUCGUGCUCGAAAAUCCGGACUUGUCUACCGCCAAGGAUGGCAUUCUGAAAGACGCUUUAGAAGGAAAGACCACACUAGGAGGACUGGCUAAGAAGAGUAUGGCUGCCGAUAGAUGCGCCCAAAGUUUGACUGGCCUUUUCAAGCAGCUUCCUGAAAAGUUAAAGAACCGACAAAGUUCAGCAGCAGGCCAUGUGAACCUGAAGAGAUCAUCACCGUCCGAUACCGCUGCCAAAUCGAGGAUGCAGCGCCCUGCAUCCAUGUCUUUGCCUUUUGAUACACCACAACGAUCUAAUUCUUUCCCAACCAAAUUAGCGGCUUUACAAUCUAGACCAUCGCAAGAGCCUAAAAGUGCGGUUGAUGAUACCCGCUUGCCUCGGCGAUCGCAAACGUGGCUCUGGGAAGGUCACUCCGACUCAGCCGACUCUACCGCAUCACCUUCAUCUACAUCUGCAUUUUCUCACGAUCAAACUGCUAGCCCUGCAUCCAAUCAAUAUUUAACACAACCAUCCACGCAGCAACCGUUUACCUCAUCACAGCAACUUGGUGCUAGUCAGAUUCUACCGGACCUUAUGCCCAUCAUGUUCCCAUCUGGCGACCAGUUCGCUUACCCUGCACAACCUUUGUCCACUCUUGAGGACGAUCAUUUUAAGGAUGAGCUUCCGAACUCGCCGAUGCAGUAUACACAAGACUCUUUUACGUCGCAAGGAUCAAAUUCACUCAACGGGAACUUUUCUCGACCAAUGGUCAAUGGAUUUGAUGGAUUAGCUGGUCUACAGGGUCUCUCUGGACCAUUUCAACCAGCACAUGCUGCAACUCUAGCUCCGCAGCUACAACAUCUUGGCCUUCGAACGCCUUCCACCCACUCGUCGACUCCCGAUAAUAUUCAAAGCCCUGACUUGGUAUCAUUACCCCAUAAUUACAUGUGGCAAAGUUUCAGCCUCUCGAAUCCCGGUAUGCCGAAUGAACAAAUCAUGAGGGAACAAUCGAUGCCGGGAGGAAAAAUGACGAUGACUGAAAACGGAGCACUCGACGGGAUGUCCUCUUUGGGGAUGGGUUUUGAUAUGGAUGUCAAUUUUGGCGAGAUUCUUGGUAAUAUCGGAGCGAAUCCCGGCACCGGCACUGCUACGAAUAUGAAUGAUGAAUGGAGUCAGUGGAUGAAUACUGGCGUCUGA